UGGGUUUGUGUGUGAGGGCAGCAGAUCGAAGGGGCCAAGGAAAAGAGCACAGGAGGUCAUGGAAAGGUGAGCGGUGAGGGGGGCAAUCGUGCGACACCGUGGGCGUCACUAUCGAGCCUUCCGCGCGGUUAGAGGCGUGACAGGAGGGCUCUGGGAGGCUGAGCCGCAGGCUGCCCCUGGCGGCUCUGUGGACCCUGCAGGAAAGAGGGAGGGCAGGUGGGGACCAGCGAACGUCCGGCAGGCAGUUCCAAUGACCAGGCGGGGACGACGGCGUGGGAGAAGCACAGGGAGUGGGCGGCGGCUGUUUCUCUCCGCAAGGGAGCCGACCCGGACGAUGGCGCGGUGCGGGAAAGGGAGCAAGCGGCAUGGACCCAACGUUCUCCGACCCGCGCAACUGUUGGGACGGAGUGGGCGGGAUGCGGAAGGGUCCAGAGUGGAGUCGGUCGGCGCUUAGCAGCGAGUACCGGACGCUGAGCGGACGCCGCCGGUCUCUGCGGGAAAACUCCCGCUCCCGGGGUGCCCCGCGCUCCAGGGGGCGGGGCCUGCGCGCGCGUGCGCCGUGCCGGAACGCGCCGGCGUUGGAGCAAGGCGGUCUCUUCGAGCGCGGUAGUCCGAUCGCUGAAGGGAGUGCGGGCGGGGAGGUGCUCCGGGCCGCUUUUUCUCCUCCGGUUAAAUUAAAAAUACCUUUUGGAAAUAAAUUACUGGAUGCUGUUUGUAUGGUUCCUAACAAGAGCUUAACAUACGGAGUAAUUCUUACACAUGGAGCAUCGGGAGAUAUCAAUCUUCCUCAUUUGACGUCACUGGCAUCCCAUCUGGCAUCUCAUGGGUUUUUUUGCCUGAGAUUUACCUGUAAAGGCCUUAAUAUUGUACAUAGAAUUAAGGCAUAUAAAUCAGUUUUGAAUUACCUAAAGACCUCAGGAGAGUACAAACUUGCAGGUGUUUUCCUUGGAGGUCGUUCAAUGGGCUCAAGAGCAGCUGCUUCUGUACUGUGUCACAGUGAGCUGGAUGACGCUGAUGGCUUUGUUCGAGGUCUCAUUUGCAUCUCCUACCCACUGCACCAUCCAAAGCAGCAGCAUAAACUCAGAGAUGAAGAUCUCUUUCGGAUAAAAGGCCCUGUACUGUUCGUGUCAGGCUCAGCAGAUGAAAUGUGUGAAAAGCUGCCCUGUUGCUUUGGAGAACCUAAAAAUACAAGCAUACUGACAUCUCCUGGAAAGAGAGUUGAACUUAUUGGAGAAAGUGACACAGAAAAUGCAAGCUCCUAAUAAAAUCCACUGGAUUGAGAAGGCAAAUCAUUCCAUGGCAGUGAAAGGACGGUCAACAAAUGAUGUUUUCAAAGAAAUAAAUACACAGAUUUUGUUCUGGAUCCAGGAAAUAACUGAAAUGAACAAGAAAUAAUUGUCUUUUGCUAAAAGCCAUGUUAUUUUGAGUAUAAAUACAGUUAAUUUAAUAAAAACAGAAUACCUCUCAG